CAAACACAGCUGAGGGGGAAAACGGUGCACGAAUUGAGCCACGACGCCACGACGACCACCGUGCGUCUCCUGCGCCUCUGAUUGCAUCAUCACGCAGAGUGCGUGUCCCACGUGCAGAUGUUUACGUCCUCCUCUCUGUGACGUCAGCGCCCAGUCGUCGUCGGAUGAGAAACAUUCGCGAUGUUAAAGAUGCGGAUUAGCGGACAAAAGGCCUCGCAGGCGGCAGGUGACGCGACGCGCGCAGGUAUGCCGCGCGAACGACGCGCGCGUUAACAGACGACAAAAACAGAGGGGAAAUCGAUGUUAUUAUCGGACGGUUUAAGUGUGCUCAUCCGCGUCCGUUAGUCUGGCCUUUCUUCUACUCUAUAGAGCGGAUUCCGCGUGAACUCGGUCUCGGUUCGGGUUUCUUUGUUAUUCGUUUGUCAUUCGCGAUGGAGGACGCGCUGGAGUCCGGAUGGGUCUCGGUCCGACCGAAUGUUUUCGAGGAGAAAGAGAAGCACAAGUUCGUCUUCAUCGUCGCCUGGAACGAGAUCGAAGGAAAGUUCGCCGUCACGUGCCACAACCGAACCGUCCAGAAACGGAGCGCCGCGCGGGACUCGCUGCUCGAGACGGCCGAGGGCGAGCUGACGGCGGACAAACCAGCGCGGGCCAGAGAGAGCCCGGGCCGAGAGCAAGCCAGCAGCAGGCCGGUGAAAAGUCCGAGCAAGAGCGCUGACCUGGAGCUGCUGGACGCGGCGGCGGCGGCGGAGGUCGCGGAGGAUCCGGAGCUCAACCCGCGGGAGGACUUCAGCUGGGCCGGCCUCUUCUCGUUCCAGGACAUGCGGGCCGCUCACCUGCAGCUGUGCGCCGUCAACUCGGACCUGGAGCCGUGUCUGCCCGCCUUCCCCGAGGAGCAGACGGCCGUGUGGUCGGUCCUGUUCGGCGUCCCGGAGAUGCGCGCGCGAGACACGGAGGCGCUCUGCUUCCAGCUGCAGGUGUAUCUGGGUCACGCGCUCGACACCUGCGGAUGGAAGAUCCUGUCUCAGGUUCUGUUUCCGGACAGCGACGAUUCCGAGGAAUAUUACGAGAGUCUGAGCGAGCUGCGGCAGAAGGGCUACGAGGACGCGCUGCAGAGAGCCAAGAGACACCUGCAGCAGCUGUUGGAGAAGCAGCGUGGCGUGGAGCGUAUGGUGGAGCUGCUGCAGCUGUACGCCGAGCAGGACGAGGCGUAUGGAGAUCUGGUGGAGGCCACGACUGAGCUCUACCACUACCUGCUGCAGCCCUUCAGAGACAUGAGGGAGCUGGCCAUGCUGCGCAGACAGCAGAUCAAGAUCUCGCUGCAGACGGAGCGUCUGGGCCCGCGGCGCGUCGACUCUCUGCGCAGGGAGGAUGAGGACUGGCAGAGGAAGGCUCACGCCGCCGUGCUCUCCAUACAGGACCUGACCGUCAAAUACUUCGAGACCACCGCACGCGCUCAGAAAGUGAUGUACGAGCGCAUGCGGGCCGACCAGAGGAAGUUUGGGAAGGCUGCGUGGGGAGCGGCAGUGGAGCGCAUGGAGAAACUACAGUACGCCGUCUCCAAGGAGACACUGCAGCUGAUGCGUGCCAAAGAGAUCUGCCUGGAACAGAGGAAACACGGCCUGAGAGAGGAGAUGCAGGGUCUGCAGGACGGAGAGGACGCUAUGGUGCGUCUGGACCAGCUGGAGGCGCUGUACUACGAGCUUCAGCUGCAGCUGUACGAGAUCCAGUUCGAGAUCCUGAAGUAUGAGGAGCUGCUGCUGACGGCACAGCUGCAGAGUCUGCGCAGACAGAUGAGCGAGAGGCAGGAGGAGGUGGUUUACUACGACACGUACGAGAGCCCCGACGCCAUGAAGGCCACCGACGACCCCUCGACCCCUCUGACCCCUCCCAGAGACGACGUGGCCAAGCUCCAGCAGAGGACGCGGCAGCUGGAGGCGCGCAGGGGCCGCAUCACCGCCAAGAAAGCCUACCUCAAAAACAAGAAGGAAAUCUGCAUCAUCAAUCACACGCAGAAGCGGCAGGGCGGCCCGGACUGCGUUUCCCAUCGAGCUUUUCUGCAGGAGGAAGAGGAGGAGGAGGAGCAGCGGCUCUCCAGAGUCAGUCAGGAGAGACAGAAGACGCUGGACCGCCUGCGCAGCUUCAAACAGCGUUACCCGGGUCAGGUGACUCUGAAGUCCACACGUCUGCGUAUGGCGUACUCCAGAAAGAAGGCGGGAGCGAGCGUCAGGCCGGAGCAGCCGCAGAUGCAGGCCGCUAGCGUGCAGACGGACGACGCUCCGGCUCCGUUAGAACAUUCAGCUGCGGUGCCGGAGCUGCGCAGGCCUGACAGCUUCCUGUCGCUGCCCCCGAUGGGCGGAGCUGUCGCUGAGGCUCCGCCUCCGGACUCGCACGCAUCACUUCCUCCUGCCAGAGAGCUGCUGCUGCUGGACUCCUCCACCUCGCCCAUCUCCCCUCCACCUCCUCCUCCUCCUCCUCCUCCACCUCCUCCUCCGCCGCCUCCCUCUCUGGAGGAGACGCCCGCCGACGGCCCGGCUCAGACGCGGAGCCCCGUGCGGCAGCCGGACGCAGAGAGUCCUCUCGGGCCGUUCACCGCGCGCUUCUUCGACAGCAGUCAGCUGCUGAACGCCAGGAAGAAGCUGAGGAAGACCGCGUCUCUGGAGUCCAACCAGUGGAGGAGAGCGAGCUCCCCGAUGGACGAGGUUCUGGCCAGUCUGAAGCGCGGCAGUUUCCACCUGCGGAAGGCCGAGCUGCGCGUGCUGGCGCCGGAUCCGGACGAGGACGACGGGAACAACAUCCUGGCUCAGAUACGCAAGGGCGUGAAGCUGCGUAAAGUGCGCAGACAGGAGCGCUGCAGGGGGAUGAUGGCGGACGCGGCCGACCCGCUGACCCGCUCCAUCCACGAGGCUCUGAGACGCAUCAAAGAGGCUUCGCCCGAGUCCGAGUCGGAGGACGAGACGCCGCCCUGCACCGACUGGGAGAGCUGAAGCGUGUGUGUGUGUGUGUGUGUGUGUGUGUUUACCUCACAGAUCUCCACUGAACACAGACGUCCGUCUGAGUCUUUAUUCCAGUUAUUACUCGUUCAUUCACUUUGAUCUUUUUUCUUUUUGUCUUCAUGUGUGACAGCAGGAGGAGAGACGGGGCCGCCCGUCACCUGCCGUUCAUCAGCAUUAUCGUCUCUCAUUUAUCGUCUUGUAGCUUCAUUUAUCUCGCCAUAUGAAUAAACUUGAUUUAUUACUGUCAUUUUCCCGUCUGUCCGGCACUGAAACAUCCGUAGUCUCAUUCCGCUCACGUGUUUAAUGAAGGUUCACGUGAAAACCCGAAUCAUGACACGACGUUUACCCACAAUGCUGUUCUGGGACAGACUCCUUUACCAGACACUGCGGUGUAUUUUUACGUUUUUCAUCACGUGUACUGUAUUUAGCUUUUGAUAUUAUUUGUUUUAAUCAUAUUAAUUGUUCUGUAUGUUCUAUGCAUUCUUACUUGGUCAAUCAAACCGUAUUCCCGCUGAAACACUACAGUCGUGAGCGAUCCUCAACUCACUCGACAUGUGCAAUAUUAUAUUAGGAACUGAAAACCGUGUAAAAUAUCAAGUGUAACAGACCGCAGAUCCAUCGCAUGUUUGCCUAGAGGACACCUGUAUUUAUUGAGUUCAACUAAAUAUUUAAAUAUGUAAAGCAAUAUCAUAAAAUGUACAAUGAUUUUUUUUCUUUGAAAAUUCAAUUUUGCUUUUACUCAGCUUUUCCAAACAUUGUACUCCUAAUAGUUAUUUUAAAUUUGCAUUUUGCCCCUUACAUAAAUAAAGAUUCAAAACAAACUGUC